AUGGCAACAACGUCGUAUUUCCAACUCCAUCGGUGCAGUCCAUUCCCACUCUCUCUUUCCUCUCGUUGCACUUGUCCCUGCCGCCCCUCGCCCUCCAAAACCCUAGUUCUCACUCGUCCGCGCGCAAAAUUGGGUCAUCUGGAUCUCUUGUUCGACGGAAAUAGACGUGCGCUGGGGCUUGGCCGAAAUGGAGCUUUGGCUAGCCGCCGGCUAAUCGCAGUCGCGGCUCGAGCCGAGCCGGAACGGCUUAGCGAGGACAAUGCCCACCAGGAAGUCCACAAAGGCCAUAAAUUGUCAAUGAAUGAGGAUGCGGUCUCAGAGCAUCAACAGAAAGCCAGUCAGUUAAAGAAAAGAAUUUUUUUUGGACUUGGAAUUGGGUUAUCUGUAGGCAUUGUCGUGUUGGCUGGAGGAUGGGUAUUCACAGCAGCUGUGGCUGCUGCUGUUUUUGUUGGCGCACGCGAGUAUUUUGAAUUGGUUAGGAGUCAUGGAAUUACUGCAGGGAUGACACCUCCACCUCGAUUUGUGUCACGAGUUUGCUCUGUUAUUUGUGCUCUCAUGCCCCUAGUUACCUUGUAUCGCGGUCAAAUUGAUGUUUCCGUGACAUCUGCUGCCUUUUUUGUUGCUAUGGCAUUGCUUUUACAGAGAGGAAAUCCUCGCUUUGCACAGCUUAGUAGCACAAUGUUUGGGCUAUUUUACUGUGGAUAUCUUCCUUGUUUCUGGGUUAAGCUUCGAUGUGGCCUAGCAGCACCAGCCCUAAACACUAGUUUUGGAUCAGCAUGGCCCAUCCUUCUUGGUGGACAAGCUCACUGGACUGUUGGUCUUGUGGCAACCUUGAUUUCUUUCAGUAGCAUAAUUGCUGCUGACACUUAUGCUUUUCUGGGUGGCAAGGCAUUUGGUAGGACACCCCUUACCACUGUUAGUCCAAAGAAGACAUGGGAAGGAACUAUUGUAGGGUUGGGCGGUUGUAUAGCCACUUCUGUUGUAUUAUCAAGGAUAUUUUGCUGGCCCAAAUCUUUAUUAAGCGCGAUAGCAUUUGGGUUUCUGAAUUUUUUUGGCUCCGUAUUUGGUGAUCUUACGGAAUCGAUGAUCAAACGUGAUGCGGGUGUAAAGGACUCUGGGUCUCUAAUACCAGGACAUGGAGGAAUACUAGAUAGAGUGGACAGUUACAUGUUCACGGGUGCACUUGCAUACUCAUUUGUCAAAACCUUCUUGCCACUUUAUGGAGUUUGA